AUGGAUUUUCGAAUGAAUAUUACCGAUUUCUAUGACUUUCCACUUCAUCCAGUACUUUUGACGAGAAAUGGCUAUAUGCGCUAUUGCAACAUAUCGGACCGUCGCACACAGUGCUAUAUUGAUGAUUGCUACGAUCAGUCAGCAGAUCGCGUUUUCUCGCCAUCAAAUUUUUUGUGCAAUUUCAAAAGAGAGCAUUUCUUGGAAGCUCGUGAAUGUCUCGAGAAGACUGAACCGUUAACAUUUCUCAAAUGCGACCACUCGUGUCAUAUGGAAGCGUUGAAAAGUGUUGAAAAGCAAGAGAGAGCCACGCUUGGCAAGGUAUUCACGAGAAAUGAGAUGAGCAACUAUGAACGAGAGCUGGAUUUGCUGUGCACGUUUCAAGCUUGCUUUAGGGAAUGUGAACAAGAAAUAAUCGUCGAAAGCUGUGAAGAUGAUAAAGCAGAGUUAGCGUUGACGUUAAUAUCGCAGUACAUCCGAUGGCAUGCUUCGGAUCUGUACGAUUGGCACAUCCUUUCAGAAACCAUGCAACACUUUCCGAGCAGUUGUCAACGGCUCGUUCUAUCACAGCCGGAUGCAGAUCCUGUCAUUCGAAUUAUGAAUGCAGUGCAAUGA